CCAAGAUGAGCUCAGGAUGAUGCAGCCGCUACGGCGCCGGGCAGCAGCCACGGCAAAUGCAGUGUACGCAGGAAACCACCCCGCCGGCACCCUGGCUAUAGUUGCACUGUAUAGAAAAAAAAUACAGGCUAGUAUUGUGACUGGAGAGACGAUCCGCAGCUGCAACAACGAUAUCUCUAAAGAAAAAACAUCGUUUCUGCUUGUAUUGGGAACUCUGUCAGCUAUCCACAGACAGACAAACUUCAAUCUUUCAAUCAGGUCAAAGGUCGCUAUACGUACGUUCUGUGAUUUCAGCGGUAGCAGUUCUAGUGAUUCUGCAAAUGUAUGGGUAGCUGUUGUGUUUGGAGUAACGAGUACAGCUUUUCUGUUGAGUGGUAGUAGAAACUUAUGAACCGAACUGGAGGGGACCGACGACGACGACGACGUUGACUCCAAAACAACAAGCGAAACUGUUGUCCACUCAACCAUUGCUACCUUUCUUUCUAGUCAAAGAAUCAACCAAAAUCAAUCAAUAUGAGUGUCUUAAUGUACUCACAGCA